AUUCCACUCAAAAAAGAAAAGUACCUCUGUUCCCAUUCAUAUGAGUGGGUUGGUGGCCUCCACAGUUGCUGAAAAUUUGCAAGAGAUAUAUCUGCAAGAGGGACUUCAUUCCCAAUUCAUAAUUGUAGGAUGCAUGAUGAACUCAAAAUCAGAGACGCAGCAGCAACUUCCCAAGAUCAACUUUUCCGGCCUGGUCGUCGGAACACCGGAAUGGAUUGCAGUUCGCACAGAGGUCAUGAAUGCACUCCAUGUUUAUGGUACCUUUGAGGCCGUGUAUGAUCCACACCUGGAUCCGGAAUUGAGGGAGCAGGUAUUCAAGAAAGCCAUAACCGAGUUGUUUGACCUGCCCACACAUGUCAAGUCUCGCUCCGUAACAUAUACCAGUAAGUCAUAUAUUCCAAGCGAACAAGGUUUCACUGUCUAUGAAGGAAACGUUGAGAGUAUUCACAGUGUUCAGAGUCUCACUAGUCUCAUGUGGCCUCAAGGAAAUUCUCACUUCUGUGAAACGAUGCAGAGAUAUGCAGAGGCAAUGAAAGAAUUAAAUCAAAUGAUAACUAGGAUGAUAAUGGAGAGUUUGGGAGUUGACAAGUAUUAUGAUGAGAUGAACCAGAAGAUCAACUAUAUGUUGAGAGCAAUUUGUUACAAAAAUGAGGAGGAUAAAGAUGAUCUGUACAUGGGAACACACACUGAUAUCCAUUUCCUGACCAUUGUUGCCCAACAUGAAGUUGAUGGUCUUGAGGUUUUGAUCAAAAGUGGUCAGUGGAUCAAGCCUGCCCCUUACUGUUAUAUUGUCUUCCUCGGAGAUUCUCUGCAGGCGUGGACAAAUGGAAGGGUUCAGGCAAUUGGUCAUCGGAUUAGGAAGAACAAGAGUCAUGACACAAGAUAUGUGACUCAGUUUAUGUCAAGGGGGGCAAAGGAGUUCAUUAUACAAGCUCCUCCAGAGUUAAUUGAUGUAACACACCCGGUGUUAUAUAAGCCAUUUGAUUUUAAUGACUAUUUCCAAUUUUAUCUCUCCAAACUGGGUUCCAUGCCCACCAACCCACUCAAGACCUUUUGUGGCAUUGAGAAACCUGUUUGAUCACCAAUGUUAUUUGCAGUGCAAGUAAUGUUAUGUGUCUGGUAUCAUAUCAUCAUCUGUUUUACUAUGUUUCUCGCUCAGUAAUAAAAUGUAUAUGAUGUCAUGUAGUCAUCCAUGUUUUACUUGUUGUUGCUACUAGUAAAAUGUGCCUUUGUGCUAUCUAUUGCACUAUGUUGUUACUAGCACUAUAAUUAUAAUGUCUCAUGUCAUGCUAUCUUUAAGUUGAGCAAGACUUUUUUAUA